AUGACUCAAGCAGACGCGGCUAGCAUCCGACAAAACAAGCUUCAGAGUCAGAGCCGACUCCAGGUUGUUGUACCUCUGGCAGCAGCGCUCUGGCCCCUCUUCACUCCUUUCUUCGUCCAGAUGGAGCACAUCAUUGCCCUCAGCGAUAGCGAAGCAUCUGACUUGCCUGACGAAUCUUCUGACUUCACUGACGACACUUUCCUCUUCUACGCCGACUCGAGAUUCUCUGGGUUCUCCAACUUCUCACAAGAAUCUCGCGAGGACUACUUCGAAGCACAACUCUGCCGCGAGGAGUGGGACGCCACAGACACCCUCCAGGAGUUCUGGAUCGGAAACAGUCUGGGCAUUCUGGACAUCGAGACUGGUCACUACCAUACACACCCAGAGCGUGAGUGCAAAGAGGUAUUCCAUCUCGCCGACUGGACAAGUCAGUGUCUGGUAGCUGCCGAACGCUACCGUGCCACCUCCGCAGAAAGCCACUGGCGUCCCGUCAAUGCCAUGUCGGCCAUCCGUAAUCACGCCAAGCUCGAAAAUAACGUUGUCGACAUGGCUCCCUUGACCGUCACUUCAGAGUCCAGUCGUCCGACCACGCUGCGUCAGGCGUGGCAGAGCAACAAUUUCGAAGCUGUCAUUAGUCUCGCCUCUGGCAUGGUUGAGCUGCGUGCCAGCGCCGCCGCCUUUGACAAUGUCGCUCUCAUCCGCGAGCUUGUCGCCGCCCUCCGUCACCGAUUCUUGGCAUACGACAAGCUCGGUCUUGCCAACUUGGCCGUCGCCGACGCAAAGCGCAUACUCGAGCUCACCGCCAAGUUCGGUUCCGACGCUGUCGUCCAGGUUGAUGAAGACCUCCUCCCGAAAUUGGCGUCGCUCGAUACGGUCGCUGUGCCUGUCCUCGAAACCGGUGGCGAUCGAGCUCCGAAACGCCCGGCUCAUGAUACGCUUGGCGGCACGCUAAUCAAAAGAGCCAAAGCCGGAGACCGCCUGCACGUCCGCAAGGUUAGCAUCAUCCAGCUUCCCGUCGAAGUCAUCCUCUUGAUUGCCGACCAUCUCGACGCUCCCGACCGCAUCAAGCUCGCUAACACGCGUGUCGACUGGCGCAGAUUCCCCGAGCUAUGGCGAACGCUCAAAUUUGUGCGCAUCAAGCACAAUACUACCAAUGGCUGGCAGCGCGACACCAUUGACGCCUGUGUCACUGCCAUUGAGACUUGUCAGCGCAAGAGCCACAAUACCCUCUCGUCUGUCGUACUCAAAGGACCCCUCAACUCGGAAGGUGUCGCCCACAUCCUCGAGGCUCUUCAGUCCUCCAGCCAUUCUCUCAGACAUCUCGCUAUCCCUACGCUCGACCAAAAGCAGUGCUUCACUCAUCUCUACAAGCGCUGUCUCAACUUGACCGAUAUCGACGUCCGUCUCGGCCCCGACGGCGGAUCCCGCCAUUCUGGUGCGUACGGAUCCACGACGAGCCUGUUCGAGUCGUCCAAGCUACCUUUUAAGCUGAAGAGGUUCAUCAGCGACCAGAGCCUCGAUGCCGGAGAUAUCGCUCAUCACAUGCAAGGUCUCGAAAUCGUUCACGGUCUCAAAUUCGUCCGUCAGAAGCAGAUCAAUUUCAUCGACGGCAUCGUACGCGCUGCUCCUACGCUUCUCGAGUGGGUCGACGAUACCAGAGACUACUGGGAUAACACUACUGUCGCGUUAGGUGACUACAGCGUCAGCCGCACGCAGCUCCCCACGAGCCCAAUCAUCUUUCCCAAGCUGCGCAAGCUCAGCGCUUUCUGGGCAGAGCACUUCAUCGAAUGCGCCUUUCCGGCCUUGGUAGAAGCACGUCUCAACUCGCAACGAGGCAUCUCUUCACUCAGCCCGACCGCUUCGGACGAAUCCUGCCGCGUCGCCGCCAUUGUCCUCAAAAGCCCCUCGCUCAAGAAGCUCGACAUCCUCUUGCCCUCUAGUUACACCGAGAUCAAGCAGAUUUUUAGUGCCAUCGCAACGCUCCCUAAGCUUGAGGAGCUCGGUCUAUGGAUGACCAGCCCUAUGCCCCUGAAUGCCUUUGUCAAAGCACAAAAGUCUGGAGGGGACAAAGAAAGCUUCCUCAUCCUUCCGCACCUUCAAACCAUGCGGCUAUGCUAUCGGACGGUCUCGGCAAACGAUAACUUGCAUCACGAUUUGAGUGAGCUCCUGUUGCUCCGCUUCUAUCUCAAGCACGGCUGCAACUUCAAAGAGGCCAAGGACAGAACCGAAGCGGCAUUUCUCGCAUACAACAUCAACACAAUCAACUAUCCACCUAGCCGGGGCAUGACAAAGGCGCAGAAGAAAAAGUCUAUCAACGCCUCGGCCGGCGAGGCGGCCGGCUCCUGCUUCAAAGGUGACUUUACCUUGGUCGACGGUGUCAAGCGUGAGAACUUUUCCUCAGUGCUGCCCAAGCUUAUCGUGAGCCGUGGUUUGAGCCAGUACUUCGAGAAACCCACGUCGAUGCUCAACCAGCUCAUCACACGCAUCGUCGAGGUAGAUACCAACAAGUACUUUGCCAAUCUCGGUGUGGAUCCCCAUCAUGUCGACGCCCGCCGUGGCAAUGGCAGGCCCUACUACUAG